AUGACGCUCCGUGUGUCUACUGUCUUCUCCCUCGCCCUUCUUGGCCUCAGCCAAGUCGGCCAGGCACUGGUCCCCCGCCAGGAAGCCACCUUUUCCAAUCCGGUGAUAUGGGCCGACCUCGCCGACGAUGAAGUCUUCCGAGUCGGAGACACGUACUACUACAGUGCUUCGACAAUGCACUAUUCUCCCGGCGCACCACUGCUUAGAUCCUACGACCUCGUCAACUGGGAAUUUGUCUCGCACUCGGUGCCUGAGCUUCCUGGUUCGAAGUUCUCGCUCAAUGGUAGUGACAGUGCGGGCUACGUCAACGGCGUCUGGGCUUCUUCCCUGGGAUAUCGCGAAAGCAACGGUGUCUUUUACUGGUAUGGCUGCAUCCAAGGCACGGAUGAGACGCACAUCUACACUGCGUCCAGCCCAGAGGGGCCGUGGACUCAUCACGACCCCAUUCCAAAAUGUUACUACGACCUCGGCCUGUUGAUUGAUACCGACGACACCAUGUACAUCGCCUACGGCGCCAUCGACAUUCGCCUUGCGCAGCUGUCCCCUGAUGGCUUCACAGAGGUCCGCAAUGAGCUUGUGUACACUGAAGAUGCCCACAGGUACAUCGAGGGCUCGAGGUUCUACCACAUCAACGGAAAUUACUACAUCUGGGUCACCAAGCCUGGCGAUGAACAGCACGUUUUGAAAUCUACGUCGGGUCCCUGGGGUCCGUAUGAAAUUCGACAGGUGAUUGCGCAGAUGAAGGCACCCGUCGAGGGUGCAGGAGCGCCGCAUCAGGGUGGUCUUGUAUCGACUGAGGACGGUAGGUGGUAUUACAUGGCCUUCAUUGACGUGUACCCCGGUGGCCGUGCUCCCGUUCUCGCCCCGGUCGAGUUUGACGCCGAGGGUUGGCCUUCCGUGGUCACAGAUGCAAACGGUGGUUGGGGUGCCGAGUACGCGAUGCCUGUCACAACCUCGAAAACAGUCCAGGGAGUUGGGUCCUAUGUCGACAAGUUCGAGGGUGACGCUUUGAACCCCCGCUGGGAGUGGAAUCACAACCCCGACAACGACGCCUGGAGCUUGGGUCCCGAUGGCCUCACACUUCACACCGCAACGGUAUGCGAGGGCUUGUACGGGGCCGCGAACACCCUCACCCAGCGCAUCAUCGGACCCAGAAGCCAGGCCACGUUUCGCCUUGAUAUUUCUGGGAUGGUGGACGGAGACCAAGCAGGUGUAGCAGCGCUGCGUCAACUGAGCGCUUAUGUCGGGAUCCACAAGGUUGAUGGCGCGUCUAAGCUUGUGUACGUCGAUGAGAUCAGCAUGGUCGUGCGAGACUCCUUGACGGACUGGGUGACAACCUCGAACGGAUAUGUCAAGGCGGAAGGACCUACUAUCUCCGGCGGCGAUCUGUGGCUCCGUAUCAAGGCCGACAUUUCACCGCCCGUCGCCGGAUCAAGCGCGUGGCCGAAUGCUACGUUCUGGUUUAGCACCGACGGUGAUAACUUUGAACAGCUUGGACCCGUGUAUGAGCUGAACAAUGAGUGGUUCUUCUUCAUGGGUUAUCGAUUCAGCGUCUUUAACUGGGCAAAGACUCGUCUGGGUGGUAGCAUCUUGGUUCGGGAGUUUGAGUUGGAGGUGUUGGAGUAA